AUGGAUGACUUGGAUUUAUCUGGAGAUACAACUGAUAAGGAGCAAGAAGACUUGCCUUAUGAUGGGGACCUAAUAGACGAGACUGAGCUGCUUCAUACUCACUGUGAUGAGAUUUUUCCCUUAAUAAAGGACAAGUCUGAGGCUUUCCAACAACCGAUCUUUUCAUACACAGAAAUGCCUCAGGAUGAAACUCUCAGAUGUGUAAAUGGCACUUUUCCUGAAGCUUCUGCAAUUAAAAAGCUCAGUAAAGAAGAACUAUACCCUGGAUUUUUUCACAUACCAACUAAUAACGAGGAGCCUUCAAACUCAAAUUUUUCUGAUGCUUUACUCCAACAUCUGUCCAAAAAGGAAUUUUCAAAUGUCAUUCAGCCAGUUUCUUGUGAAACUUUCCCUGAGUUAUCAUUUGGAAGUUUUGAUGAAACCAUUGUUAAAAGCCUUAUCCUGCAUUGUAGUGACUGUUCUUUGCCAAGAAACCCAAACCCAGAACUCUCUGACCAGCUUCUGCAUAGAAGAAAUGUUAUCGGCAAUCAGUCCAGUCACAGACAACUCACGAGGAAAGAAAAUAUUUUAAAUUUGGAUUUUGAAGAGUCAGUGGUUCCUGGAGACUACUUUGAAGGAAUUCCAAAUUUUGUCAUUGAAAAUGGAAGCCCAAAUUAUCUACAAACAAUGCGCAGAUGGCAGAUACCCCAGAAAUGUAUGUUUGAAAGAAUAAACUCAGAUCCUGGCCUUAAAUAUGGCAAAGAUCAAGUUCGUGAUCUCCUUCCUGAUUUCUCUCAAGUUGUUCCCAAGAUCAGAAUAUCUAAACCUAAUAUCCAUCAUAGAUUGGCUACUGUAGUUCAACAAACUAACUCCUCUCCCAACUUGAGUGAGAAAUCAGCUAUUGUGCGAGAUAGUUUAGAAAGCACGGUUAUGAAUUGUCUUAAAAGAAAGCCGCGAGAGAAUAAAGAAGAACCUCCUGAAUUUAUGCAACACUUACAGGUCAAUGUUGAGCCUCUCCUGGAUGUUUCAGAAAGAUCUCUUUCAGGAUUAGCAUUUGAGACUAAUGUCUUAAAGUUUUCAUCAACUACUGAAGAACAGCUGCCUUCAGGCCCCUCACAAUUAUUUAAAAAAACAACAAAAGGAGACAACACGUGUCAGGAGCUAACAGAACAGACCAAGAACUUGAAAACUAAAGUAGAAGAAUUUUCUAAAAGAAUAAAUGAGGAUUCUUCCCCAUCAGAAGAUAAUAAACAGGUACUGAAGAAAUUGAAGGGUUACCUUGAUGUGCUGGAGCAGAGCUAUUUGUCCACCAAAGAGAAGCAUCAAAUUUUACAGAACCAUGAUAAAAAAUCUAUAGCAUUUGGAGAGUUUGAUCCAGAAAGAAAAGUUGAAGGUGAAAUCUUCAAGGUUGAAAUGAUCCUUGAAAAUGUCAAAGAAAAAAUUGAUGAAAGCACAUCCAGUUCUUUCCUUGCAUGUUCCUCUGAUACUAUGGAUGUCUUGGACUUUGCACUAUGUCCACUCCCAAAUGAGGUUCCAAUACAAGAAAAUGGAUAUGAUCCUUCAGAAAAAUCUGAGCAUGAAAUAAAGCUUCUUGACCAUAGAAAACAAGAUCAAGGAAACUCUCUCAUCCCUUCUCUCAAGGGAAAGGAUGAGAGUAUUAAUAACAAAGAAACGAUUCCAGUAAAGAUCCAGGAGACACUGUCACAAGAUUUCCUUUGCGAACUCUAUCCACAAGUCUACCUAGGGUUACCCAGGAGAGAUGUUGCUUUUGGUGAAGAUGCUUCAAAGCUGGCUUCCAAGGAAGAAGUUGUAACACUGUCUAGGUUGGAGACAAAUCAGCUGGCGAUGAAGCUCUCAUCAGAUUUAAUGAGAGCCUUCUCUUCUCUGGAGUCUGACGAUGAUCCUGGAAGCUUGGAGUGCAUUGAGCAAUCUGUAUUGAGGCAAGAUUGGCACUCUGGUCAUGAACUCCCUGAAAGUUCAGACCAUACAGAGUAUUUAUUACUGAAGAAGGACCAGGAUAGAGACAGAGAUCUCAGGAACCAAAAAAAGGAGAAAAAAAAUGACUCUAGAAAGUCCAAAUGUGAAAGAUUUUCAGUCAUCAUUCAAGAAAAAGCAAUGAAUCUUAAUAUGUCUGAUUCCACUUACUGUACAGAUGCAGGAAAUAGUGUGUUCUCAGACUCCCUCGAUACUUUAAAAACUGGCGAAUGUAUAAGUUGUAGGAAUAAACGCCAGAAAUCACGGAAGAAAGAAUUCCAUUACAAAUACAACUGCACAGGUCAGAAUCCUGUAAAUUUCAAUCAAUGUGAUGGAUUUAUCCAGUUCUGUUCUUUAAGCAGAAAUGAAAGUUUUACUUCAGCUUUAGCUGCACAUCAAAAGUGGGAGGAGAAUUUUGUAGAACAUCCAAAAAAUGAACACUCAAAGGGGUCUGAGAAAAGCAAGUCUGUCUGUUCACAACAGAAAAAAACACCAACCCUGAGAAUUACUGCCAAAUCAUCCCAAGGUCAAGAUGAAAUGAUCCUUGCUGAGAAACAGAAUCUCAAGUCUUCCAAAGCCUGCUCAGGCAUGUGUGAUCACAUUGCAAACGCUCCCCAUUACCACUCCUGUAGGAUUUCUGGAAGCAAAGCCCUGUACAGCAUCCAAAACAUCAAGAGAAAUGAUUCCAAGGUGAGGAUAUUUUUAAAUUCUGCUUUGGAUUAUGCCCUAAGGACUGCCAUCACUUUAAAAGAAACAACUGAGCAAAUGAUACAAACAAUUGCCAAGGAUCUGGCCAAAGCUCAGAGUCGCAGAAACCUUCAGAAGUUCUAG